CGACAACAAAAGAAACCAACAAACCUUACACUCAAUUAACCUCAGUCCUUCUUAACGACCCUGCCAUCCUUCUCAGUAGCGACAUUUGGAAAAUGUCUUCUAUCACCGAUUAUAUUGAUUUCUCCCAGCCCAGCUUGCAGAUCUCUGCACUGGCCAUUGCUUUCAACCCGAUUUUCUGGAAUAUUGUCGCGCGACAGGAAUACAAAAAUCACUUCCUAACACGCAUCUUUGGCAGUCCUUACUAUGGCUGUUACUUCCUCGCCGUCGUGAUCUUCUCUAUAGGCAUUCUGCGUGACCAUCUCUACCUCAAAGCUCUUGAGGACCAACCCUUCUACGAACCCGUCCACCAACCCUAUAUCGCCUAUGGCCUGUUCGCUACCGGUAACGUCCUCGUCAUCUCGAGUAUGUGGGCACUCGGUGUUACAGGUACUUAUCUCGGAGACUACUUUGGUAUCCUGAUGGAUGCCCCCGUUACUGGAUUUCCGUUCAAUGUUACCGGCUCUCCCAUGUACUGGGGCAGUACACUCAGUUUCUUGGGCACUGCCUUGUACUAUGGAAAAGUUGCGGGAUUACUUUUGACGCUCGAGGUAUUUGUGCUCUACUGGUUUGCGUUGCAAUGGGAGGACCCAUUCACCGCCGAGAUCUAUGCCAAACGCGAGCGCGAGAGGGCCAAAGCCUCUAAGCGCUCCUAAAAUUAAAGCAAAUACUGAAAAUGUCUGAGUAAUAUCCAUCCGCGUGACUAUGCCUUCGUGAUAUGGAUUGGAUUCGAGAUUUAGCAUGGAUACAUAAUCUCACACGCAAAGUUACUCCACGACAGGACCUAGGGCUAGAAGAUCCGUUAGAUUUUCAGUACUUCUUCGGCAACAUACCCAAGAUCCCAUCAAUGGACUGUCAGACUGUCAGAAUUGACUGACAUCGACAUCAGGGAAGGGCUACCCAUCAAAAGACACCCGUACCGGGGAAAAGGAGUGAAGAAAGAGCGGGGGAAGGUGAAAAAAAAACAAAUGAAUGAUUAGUUGGUCUUAAAUCAUCAUACAUUCUAAUAUUUCAGCUUUGAGUAUAUAUUUUAUUCAUCAAAAUGACAUUGAACUAUCAAAACAAGAAAAAGGCAGCCCAAACUCCUGAUCCCAAAUCCCUGAUCGCCGUUUAUGAUACAUAAAACUAAAACAGAAAA